AUGCAAAAACUAGUUUCCAUUGUAACUGGCUCAUCGAGAGGAAUCGGAUUGCACAUUGCCAAGUCACUCUCCUGUUUGCAUGGACACACAGUUGUCAUAACAGGAUCCAACAAAGAAAAAUUAGAAAAUUCUCUGAAGGAUAUUCACCAACUCGGAGGUGAAGCAGCAGCCAUCUGUGUGGAUUUAUCACAACCUACCUGUUCUUCUACCGUUGAAUUAUUCAUUGAUCGGGAGAGUGAUAAAAUUGUGGAAAAAUGUAAAGAUCCAUCUUUGGAAAUAUUUAAUUUUGCAAUGAGGAAUUUUAAGAGAGUGGAUCGAUUGGUGUGCAAUGCAGGAGUGAUUGGACCUAUUCAGAAUAUUUCUCAAUGGAAUCAUGAACAAGCUACUGAUUUGAAUCAAGUUUUUCAAGUCAAUCUGAUCAGUGUCAUGCAAUUGUGUCAUUACUGUCUUCCAGAAUUGAGAAAAUCGCCAGAUGGUGGAAGAAUCCUCUUAGUAAGCAGUGGAGCAGCCACAAGAGCUAUCGAUGGAUGGUCAGCUUACUGCACUUCAAAGGCAGCUCUCAAUCAUUUUGGAAUGUGUCUCGAUUUGGAGGAGAGAAAACAAGAGAAACCAGUCGGAAUAUUGAGUAUCAGACCAGGAGUUGUCGAUACUCAAAUGCAAGAACAAAUUAGAACAGUAGGAAAUGUGGAAUCAAUGAAGGAUUACAAAAAUUUCGUCAACUUGCAUGAAAAUAAGGAAUUGGAAAGUCCUGAAAAGAUUGGUGAAAUUCUUGCAUGCUUGGUGGAUCGUUUCCCAAUGGAAUGGAGUGGUCAAUUCAAAUCUUAUAAUAAUGAAGAGGUCACUCAAUUAAUUUCCUCUUUUAGAAUUGAAAAGAAAUUGUAA